AUGCUUGCAGAGGGGGAACAUGCCGAGUCUGCAGUAACCAGAGCUUUGCAGAAGCUCUUGCCCACAUUUGUACAUCGCGUUGAAGCAGACAUUACGGAUGUGAAACUAGUAUUGCACUUUGCCAGUGGAGAAGAGGCCUGCGUUACUCUGCAAGCGUUUACCGUAAGCCCCGUGGAUGUGGCUGGACCGCAGGCUCUGGCGAAAGACCACGGGGCUCUUGCAAAGCAAAUUGUUUUUAAAGGACUUUCGGCAUCAUUGCUGGGGGACUCCAGAACCGUGCUUGCGAUAUCAACCGAUCUGGUCAUCCUUCAGCUGAUGCUUAGUGAGAGUAUUUACGAGGUCAACGUCUUGUUGUCGGACGAAUUGUCUCUUGCACUUGACUUAUCGCUAGAUUUAUUUUUGUCUUGUCUACGGGCGCGCAUUUGUCGCUGGAAGCGUGCGGCAUUGUACGGCCGCCCUCACGAAACAGUUUCCGCAAACUCGCGCUCAUGGUUGCAGUACGCAGUCCGUGCCAUGUGUGGGCGACAAGAUAUUGCGCGUUCAGAGUUGUCUGUGGAUAUAUGCCGUCGAGCAACUGCGUCAUUCCGAGAUUACAAACGUCUGCAUCUCCUUCGCUUGCGAAAUGCCGAUGCUCUCAGUGAGGACGACGAAAAGCAAAUACGAAACCUAGAGGAUGUUUUGGACGCAGAUAUGAUAUUGCUAUUGAGGAAAAAUGCUCGCGCUGAUGUGAUGGCGGAAGAAGUAUCUGCUUUUGCCACCAAAGAAUGGCUAAGUUGGGUUUUCUUUGACAGGCGCAUGUCCGAGGAACGAGAACAUCUCUCAGGGGAAAUCCGUAAGUCGCUAUAUGUCGUUGGCAGGCGAGAGCGAGGGGAACACGACGUUGGAAAAACGCCUGCAGCACGAUCCGAAUCUCUCCAAGCGUUGACGCGACCCUGGUCACACUUGAAGCUUUCUUUUGACGUGAAGGGCUUCUCCACAAGCCUGACAAAUUCAAAAAGCCGCGUGGGGUCUUUGACUCUUAGUGGCUUUCAAUGUCAAGCGAUGCUCGAUUCUGGUCUGCGAUCUUACGAGACGACGCUCAUAGUCUCUGACUUCGUAUUGAGAGACAAAGACAGCAUCAUCGCGUGCCGUGGAAAAAUUUCCGGCGAAGUCCAAGAUAAUUUAGACACACAAGAAGGUUGUGCGUUUUUCCAAGCAGGGUUUCGGCGAGCAGCGUCGGGAAAUGAUAUUUCUGCAGAGCUGAAAAUCGCGCCGUUUGUUUGUUUGUUAGCUGUGAACCGGUUCUUUUUUUACUCUGAGCUCGUGGGAGCAAUGAGUUCAUUGAUCAGUUCUCCGCCUCCCAACUCUUUGGCAAAUGUUGCCGAAGCCAGAUAUGGAAAAGCCAGUAAGGCUGGCACCCCUCCACGUUUGGCCUUCCAGAUAGCCAUACCGAGUGCUGAGGUGCUCGUUGGCUACAGGCAGACGAUUGCAACAACGGUAGAGGCCCAAAAAUGGUUUCUUAUCCAUACACAUACAAUUACCCUCUGCGUCACUGAUAUGUUAAACGGAUUUCAUAUGACAGGAAGCGUCUGUGGAAGUAUCCAAGACGUCCCUCCGUCGGAAUUUAAACCCGAUGUUCGAAGAAUGUUGCAGGUUCCGGGGAAUGACUCUGUGCAAAGUGGAAAGUGCUUGGGUGUUUCUACGAGUGCUGUAAUCAAACUUAGUUCUAGUAGUUUUUCUUUGCAAAGCGAGUUACUUCAAGCAAAUUUGACAUCAGCUGGGGUGCACGAUCUUGUGUGCAUAUCAAGGAAGGCCCUCGAGCAGUUAGUGGACAUCCAUGUCGAUAGCGGGAGGCACACCCUGGUUAAUGUUCCCUUGAAGAAAAGCUCAGAUUUGGAAGCAGGCAGAUCUUAUCGAUUUGCGGUUUCCAGUCUGACGUGCAGUUUUCAUGAGUUUUCAAAUGCUUCAAGUUCUCUGCUAUCUGCACGCCUUGAUGUCUCGGAGCUCUCAAUAACCUUGUCAAGAGAAUCCGUUGUCGACGCCACUGUGAAGCAAGCAAGAUUUUCUGAUAUUUUGCAUGGAGGCCAUGCCUUUGUUUCAGGGAGCCCACGACAUGCUUUUGGAAUCCAUCUUGAAAGCUGUGAGAGGUUGCAAGGAAAGAGAAUUGACUUUGAUAUUAAGGUAGCAUCUGCUUUUAUCCUAUUGAAACCAGAAUCCCUGAAUGUCGUGGUUUUCAUCUUGCAUCGAAUGACGAAAGCGCUUGCGACGGAGUCAUCGAGGACGGGGGCCAUGAAGCCUGCAGGUAUGCAAAACGAUUUCUCAACGCCAUCCUUGUCUCCCAGAGUCCCGUCCCGCACGUCUGCGUUUUUUCGAGACUUGCAAUUAAGAUGUCUAUGCGAAGGAAGUGAUAUAGUCCUUUGCACUCAAAACGUGUUCUUGGUGGAACAUGCCGGGACGUGGAGUGGAUCUGUACAUAGCCUGGAAGGCAGAGAUCACACCGAACUCUCGGCAGUCCACAACGUGUUUUUACAAAAGGUGCCUACCUCUCUUCCGUGGCCCUCCGAUCGCAGAGCUUUGUCCUUCAAUAUUACUCCGACUUCUACAAACAUUAACAUCCAUUCCCUUCAAGCAACUGUUGUACGUUCCUCGAUUGAACGCCUCGUGGGUAUGUGUCAAUUGCUGACAGACUCAGUUGAACGUGCCGCUAACACCUGCAAAAUUGCUCCGGAUGUCGAUGCGGCACAUGAUGAGACACCUGUAGACCAACCACGCCGACAUUCUGUUUCUAUCCAGGGCGCUGAGGUCACCGUUCGCCUUCCUGUUUCAUUGCAUGGAAAUGGUUGCAUUUGCAUUGAAACGUCUCUUUUGACAACAACCUUUGGAUCUGAUGCCUUCGUUUUGUCGCUUCGGAAGGCUUCAGUCUUGACGAGAGGUUCUGUGCUGGAGCAAACGAUUCUAUCGCCGGAAAUACACUUUCCACUGCAUCAACUUCGAAAUGCCCGGUAG